AGGGAGAGAGAGGGGAGUGCGUCGUGCCUGUGCGCUGUUCACAUGGCCUCCAUGCCCUCCUCGGGGCCUCACCACCACCACCACCACGGCCACCACCACGGCCACCACCACCCGCCGCCGCCGCCGCCGCCUCAGGCGGAGAGCGACCCCCCGAAGCUCGCCUCGCGGCAGCAUGAUCCAAUGGACACCGAUAAGGAAGCGUCACCCGCUAUUAUCGAGAAUAACGAUGCCGUCACUGGUCAGAUUAUUUCAACCACAAUCGGUGGGAAAAAUGGUGAACCCAAGCAGACCAUCAGCUAUAAGGCGGAACGUGUUGUUGGCACUGGAUCUUUUGGAGUAGUUUUCCAGGCAAAGUGCUUGGAAACUGGAGAAAUGUUUGCCAUAAAGAAGGUUUUGCAGGACAAACGCUAUAAAAAUCGAGAGCUGCAGCUAAUGCGUUUAAUGGAUCACCCAAAUGUUGUUUCGUUGAAACAUUGCUUCUUCUCUACUACCAGUAGAGAUGAGUUGUUUCUGAAUUUGGUCAUGGAGUACGUACCUGAAAAUAUGUAUCGGGUUCUGAAGCAUUACAGCAGUAUGAACCAGAGGAUGCCGCUUAUUUAUGUGAAACUCUAUACAUAUCAAAUAUUUCGAGGGCUAGCGUACAUUCAUAAUGUUCCAGGGGUUUGCCACAGAGAUGUGAAGCCACAAAACCUUCUGGUUGAUACUCUGACCCACCAAGUCAAGCUUUGUGAUUUUGGGAGUGCAAAAGUUCUUGUUAAGGGUGAAGCUAAUAUAUCAUACAUAUGCUCUCGUUACUAUCGGGCUCCGGAGCUUAUAUUUGGUGCGACAGAAUACACGACAUCGAUUGACAUUUGGUCAGCGGGUUGUGUUCUUGCUGAGCUUCUCCUUGGUCAGCCAUUAUUUCCUGGAGAAAAUGCGGUAGACCAACUUGUAGAGAUUAUCAAGGUUCUCGGUACACCCACUCGAGAAGAAAUUCGAUGCAUGAAUCCAAACUACACAGACUUCAGAUUUCCCCAAAUCAAGGCUCAUCCUUGGCACAAGGUAUUUCACAAGAGGAUGCCUCCUGAAGCGAUUGACCUUGCAUCACGACUGCUUCAGUAUUCACCUAGUCUUCGCUGUACUGCCCUGGAAGCAUGUGCCCAUCCUUUCUUUGAUGAGUUGCGUGAGCCAAAUUCACGGCUUCCUAAUGGUCGCCCUCUUCCGCCUCUGUUCAACUUUAAACAAGAAUUGGCUGGGGCUUCACCUGAAUUGAUUAACAGGCUGAUACCAGAGCAUGUGAGGAGGCAGAACAUUCUCAAUUUCCCUCAUCCAGCUAAUGCAUAAGCGUAGAAUGUGAAACAAGGAGUCGAUCAUCCAGUACUUGAUGGAAGUGAACAUAACCGAGGACCAUCUAUGUGUUCUGCAGUUUCAGCCCUGCAAUCAGCUUUUCGCGCCCUGCAAGUUGUGGGAAUGGUGAUAUCUCAGCUUUUAGCAUGGAAAGUGGUUGACUGUCUUCUCAUGUCGUUCUAGCAAAGAAAGAUAGUAUUUCCUUGGAUGUACAUCAUUUUGAUCCUAAACUCUAGAAACCUUAGGAGUAUAAAAAAUGUGACGCUAUUUAUGUCUAGUUAUGUAGGGGCUUUACAGACCCAAAAAGGAGCUUAAGUUGCUCAUUUAAGUUAGCAUGGCUUCCUUUUUUAAUAUGAUGAAGAAGAAUAUG